GCCGGCGCACGCGAUCGGCGGCGCGGCGCCACGGCCAAAUCAUUUGUUCUUGGCGCCCCCACCUUGGUUUCGAGAUCAGCGCGGCCAUCGGCACGGUGACAAUGGAAUCGUUGGGUGCAUACAAGAAGGCAACGGCGGCCCUAGACGAGGCGGCGAGGGCUCGGCUACUACGGGGCCCGUUCAUCAGCAACGUCGCGCUCCCGUCGGCGCCGUCCCGGCGCGCGGAUGCCGACGACGAUGACGACGAUCUGAUGGGUUUGGUGAACGAGUUCUACAACGGAUACGGCGAGCACGGCACGGACGGCGUCGUAGCCAAGCACGCCGUGGCGCCGCGGAGUACCGAGUGGAAGGAAACGCUGCGGCUGACGCUGGCGGACGCGGCGGCCGACGCGGCAGCCGCACGAAUCCGCGCCGAGGCGGAGCGCAUCGUCCGAGACGCCGGGCCGGCCGUCGUCGUUGGCGGCGGCGGGAUGAGGAAGCAUCUCGUGGAGCGGCUCCGGGCGAGGGGUUUCAAUGCCGGUCUCUGCAGAUCCUCGUGGGAAAGAACCAGCAGCAUCCCCGCGCCGGGCUCGUACGAGUACGUCGACGUGACAAUGAGCUCCUCGCCGUCGUCGGCGUCGUCUCGCUACAUCGUGGAGGUGAACGUCGCGGCCGGGUUCGAGAUCGCGAGGCCUAGCGCCGAGUACCGGGACCUCCUCUCGUCCCUGCCGCCGGUGCUCGUGGCGAGGCCGGAGGCUCUGAAGGAACUCGCCGCGGCAAUGUGCGCCACGGCCGCGGAGUCCAUCCGCGGCGCGGGCAUGCACGUGCCGCCGUGGAGGCGCACGCGGUACGUGCUGGCCAAGUGGUCCGCCCGGUUCGAGAGGGUGGAAGCCCCGGCGCCGACUGCCGCGGCGGGGCCACUGCCGGAAGCAGGAGCGAGGGCGGCGGCGCACGCCCGGCGGCCGUCCGGGCGGAAGAACUGCGGCAUGGAGAUGGGGCGAAGGGAGGUGGCCAUGGGACGAGAGGCGUUGGUGAGCGUGAGGCCCUCGUUCAGAGGAUUGUGAGUUUGUGACAUGGGUUUGCGCGGCGUAGCACGGUAGCAGCAUAUUCUUUUGGGCCAUGGAUUGUGCACAAUUUGCACGACUCGUAUGGCUGGAGGAAAAUAAAAAAAAAGACGUAUUGAAUUUUACUGUACAGUAUUGAUGUAUGUACAAUUUUUUAAUGAAAUGCAACUUUACAAAA